AUGAUCCAGGUCAUCUUGCAACUGUUCCGUUACAAGCUUCAAUUCUUGAAAAUCGAGCUGAUCCGGCCCUCGAGCCGGAUCAGGGAUCCUGCCGCCACCACAUCCUUUGGUGGACUCAAGCGGUAUUCAAUGCUUUCUAGUGGAGCGCGUUCAAAACCACUGGACGUGAAUGGAGUCCGGACGAGUUACCUCGUCCGCUGGCGUGGAUACCCAUCGGCGUGGGUCAACUGGGUGCCUCGCGCCCAGCUUAUCGCUGAUGUCCUUGGUCUCGUCGAGCAGUACGACGAGACCCACCCGCUGCGUUUGAAAAAGGGCCGUCGAAAAACGACCUCACGAACGCGAGUACAGGGAUUCCAAAUUGUCAAUCCCUUCGGCCAUCUCGGAAGAAAUGCUCUCCCUCCCGUAGGGAUCGUUAGGGAGAAAGGCCUCCCUAGGGGAACGCCGGUCCAACUUGUAUCGCACCCCGACUGGAUUACGCUUCUCACACCUGAUGCGAGCUGCAUCAAAUUUACCGAGCCAGGCCUCACGGACAAUGCAUUCAAAGUUAUGGAUGAGGGCAUUCCAUCCUUUCACCAAGGCUUUUCCGUCUCGAACACGGUUGUCAUUGUACCACCGAUGCUUGAAAACGCAUCGGUGAAGAACUCUUCCUCAGCACGGAUAGUAUCCGUGCUGGAAUCAGAUGGAUAA